AUGACUUCUGUGGCUCCUAUGGAGAUUCGCAUUUUCUCCGAUCUGGUGAACAAGGCAAGAGUGGUUGAAGAACACACAAAGAUGGUAGCAUCGUCAAGGGACACUCAUGGAGGAAACACUAGUAGAGAACGCGAUGAUUACCUUGGACCAAGGGGACAAAACUUCAAGAAAUAUGGUGAAGGGAAGCGGUCAAGAGCUUACUCCUCUGAUAUGAAAUGUCAGGAGUGUGGGAACUACCAUCCGAAUAGACCAUGCCAGUUGGGUAAGAAACUAUGUUACAAGUGUGGCUCACCGGGACAUUUGGUUAGAGAUUGUCCACACCAAGGAACACGUGGGGCGGAUGGAUCACAACAACAGGGUUGA